AGAACGGCGCGCGCGCACCUCCCGCGUCGUUUCACGGACGACCACGUGGUUUCAGUGGGAUUGUGUGUGCGAACUGUGUGUGUGUUGGAACGUUUUGCUGUUUUUUUCUUUUUUCGGCAUCCUGUGGAGAUCGAGCGAGGAUGCGGCCGAGGCGCGGAUUGGCUAUAGGAGUUCUUCUCAUAUUACAUAUGAGUGGAACUCUCAGUGAUCAGUCUUCGAACGAAAGUAGCGGCGGAGGAGGCAACGCGGGCGCUGAUUCCAGUAGUGCAGCUGAACCAUCAGCGGACCAAUUAGCAAUGGAAUCUUCUGAACGGGAUACCCCAAGUCAUGCAUAUAAUGGACCCCCACCACCGGCUCCACCACCACAUAACAGGAGGCAGAAUCCACCCCAUCAUCAGCCUCAUCACCCAUUAGGCAUGCCUAGGAUUCCCAAUCAUCAUCCAAUUCAUUCAAAACCAUUCGCUUUAGGACACUCAGUGAACCAUCAUAAGAAUGAUAUUGGACCAGGUUUCCGUGGACCUCCGCCUCCUCCUGCACCUCCGACUGAUGCGCAGACCUCAGCUAGUGAAAAAGUAUUCAGUGGCGCUGGAGAUGUCUGGCCAGCUCCUGCACCCGAUAUGCCGAAGAUUGUAUCACUUGAUGUAAAAUGUGAAAAGAAUGCAAUGCGAGUCUUUCUUAGCUUUGACAAACCAUUCUUUGGAAUAGUUUUCUCCAAAGGACAUUAUUCGAAUCAUCAAUGUGUACACCUUCCUCCUAAUUUGGGUAGAUCAUCUGCUUCAUUCGAAAUUGGUGCUCAUGCCUGUGGCACAGCUGGCAGCGGUGAUCCUCGAUACAGAGGAGAUGUUGCAGCCGCUGGAACCUACUUUGAAAAUGUUAUAGUUAUCCAAUACGAUCCUCAAGUGCAAGAAGUUUGGGAUCAAGCUCGUAAAUUGCGUUGCACGUGGCAUGAUCAAUAUGAAAAGGCGGUAACAUUCAGACCAUUCCCAGUAGAUAUGUUAGACGUUGUAAGGGCAGACUUUGCUGGUGAUAAUGUUGGAUGCUGGAUGCAAAUUCAAGUGGGUAAAGGACCGUGGGCCUCAGAAGUCUCAGGACUUGUAAAGAUUGGUCAAACAAUGACCAUGGUUCUGGCUAUCAAAGAUGACGACGCGAAAUUCGAUAUGUUAGUUCGAGAUUGUGUGGCUCAUGAUGGUCAACGCGCACCUAUACAAUUAGUCGAUAGGCGAGGCUGUGUAACAAGACCUAAAUUGAUGUCAAGAUUUACGAAAAUUAAGAAUUUUGGAGCUAGUGCCAGUGUUCUUUCAUAUGCUCACUUCCAAGCGUUCAAAUUCCCGGAUUCCAUGGAGGUCCAUUUCCAAUGUACUAUUCAGAUUUGUAGAUACCGAUGCCCCGAGCAAUGCUCUGAUGGAGGUCAUAAUGUGAUUGCACCUCAUGCUGAGUAUGGGCCUCCACAAAUCGACGCUUAUCCUGUUGGGGUUGAAGCUAGAAGAGAUGAAAGAAGAGUACGACGACAACGACGAGCCACUUCUCCGGAGAAGGAAGUUGGCGUAAACAGAGUUAUUCGAGUGGUGUCUGCUGGCGAUUUAAAUUUAGAUACAUCGGAAGAAAGUCCAGCUCCUAAAAUUGUUCCGACACCAGGCCUAGUAUGUAUGACUACACCUGGAUUCGCAGCUACGCUUGGUGCUCUUCUUGCCACUUUGCUUUGCUCUUGUGCUGUAUCAGCAGUAUUAUUCAUAAAAUUGCGUCCUAUAACAUCGUUGAAAAAGAAAACAGCAGCUAUCUCGACGAUAGCUCGGCCGCACCCACCGCCCACAGCACAUGUAAUUUCAAAAAGUCGGUUCUAUUCGUAACAUCAUCUAUUUAACUCAAUUUGUACAUAUUAGUGUGAUGAGACUGAUGUUUGAGGAUCAUGCCAAUUUUAUGUGCGUGUUAUCAGAGUGCUCAAAAAUAUUAAAUGGAAUUGCAGAAGCACGUAUUUAGUAUUAAUAAUUUAUUGAAUUUUAAUUUAGCAAAAACAAAUGCUGUAAAGACGCUUCAAUUAAAUCUUUGUUUCCUAUAUAAUUAUAGGUAGAUUAUGAAGCAUUUGUCUGUAAUUCUUUAACAAUACAUUCAGCUUUUCCAUUGGUUUAUGAAAGUGUUUCUUUGGUGGUCUGUUAGGUGUGCCUUAGAGUGUAACACGUUACAUUCCAAUGAAUGAUAGGGCGAAUAUAGAACAAAUUAAUGAAUUCACAAAUGUAGUAUUACAUUUAACAUAAGUACAAUCUUCUGUUACCUCUUUUCAAAUAAGUAUUUGAAUUAGGGGCAACGGAAAAUACACGUGUUAUAUCAAUAUUUAGGUGAACCGCUAGCAUAUAAUUUAACUUGUCAUUAGUAUUAAUAUUAUUUAAUUUAGUUAAGUCGUCGUUAUAGUCAUUGCUACGUGUAAUUUAUUUAUUUUAUACCACCUGAGUACCUCUUCUUCUUAUUAACUUUAUUUAUUUUGUUAUCGAAGUUGUUUUUCACCACAAUACUACGAAUGUUUAUCUUUUGUUAGAGAAUGUUAUAACUCUUGUUAAAUGUUAAUAGUUUCCAUAAUUGUUACGCUCGAAGUCCAAAUAAUAGAAAGGAAAAUAUUAUAUAAAUUCCAUUCAACUGCAGAAACUGUAAUAAAGAAAAUUUUCAGAAAAAAUAAAUAUUAC